AUGGCAUCUACAACACCCCUCAUCAUUAACAAUGAGUCCAUUGAGACCGACAUCAAGUUCGAGGUCUACGCCCCCGCUACCGGCGAGCUGAGCAGCUACUGCGCAGGCGUGUCCGUCGAGGACGCUAAGCGCGCAGUAGACAAUGCACAGGCUGCAUUCCCAGCAUGGAGCAAGACUAAGCCCUACGAGCGUCGCGACCUCCUCCUCAAGGCCGCUGACAUCAUGUCCUCCCGCAAAGAGGAAUUGAUUCAAUACCAGCGCGAAGAGACCGGCGCUGGACGCCCCUUCACCGAACACACUUUCAACAUGGGUGUCAACUUCAUCAAGGAUUUUGCUGGCCGAAUUCCUACCAUUGAGGGCGUGGUCCCCAACAUCAACCGCGAGGGUGAGGGAGCCAUCGUGUACAAGGAGCCUUACGGUGUCAUUUUGUCAAUUGCGCCAUGGAACGCGCCUUUUAUCCUUGGUGUUCGCGCCGUGGCGUUGCCUCUAGCCGCCGGUAACACCGUCGUCCUCAAGGGCUCCGAGCUCUCCCCCAAGUGCUUCUGGGUCCUUGGUGAUAUCUUCCGCCAGGCAGGUCUGCCUGCUGGAUGUUUGAAUGUUAUUUUCAACCAGACCAGCGAUGCUCCCGCGGUGACCAAUGCUCUGAUUGCCCACCCGUCCGUGCGCAAGGUCAACUUCACCGGUAGCACCAUGGUCGGCUCGAUCAUUGCUUCCACCGCUGGUAAGUACAUCAAGCCCGUGCUCUUGGAGCUGGGCGGUAAGGCGUCGGCGGUGGUCUUGGACGAUGCCGACCUGGACAAGGCUGCUAUGAACUGCGCCAUUGGAUCCUUCAUGCACUCCGGACAGAUCUGCAUGUCCACCGAGCGCAUUGUCGUGCAGCGCGGCAUCGCAGACGCUUUCCGACAGAAGCUCGCCGACACAGCGGAGAAGUUGUUCGGCAAGGAAGCGCCCGCGUUGGUGCUGGUGAACUCCGCGGCGGUGGUCAAGAACAAGAAGUUGAUUGACGAUGCGGUGUCGCGCGGUGCGGAAGUCGUGUUUGGCGAUGCGAAGGCAAACGAGUCCGUCGCGACCGGUAUGCGCCCGGUGAUUGUCGGCGGUGUCACCAAGGAAAUGGACAUGUACGCGACCGAGUCGUUUGGGCCGACCGUGUCUCUCAUCACGGUUGACACGGAAGAAGAGGCGAUUGCACUAGCCAAUGACACAGAAUACGGACUGACCGCAUCUGUGUUCACCAACAACCUGUUCCGUGGAUUGCGGGUGGCGAAGCAGAUUGACUCGGGCGCCGUCCACAUUAACGCAAUGACGGUCCACGAUGAGCCGGUCUUGCCCCACGGUGGAUGGAAGAGCAGUGGCUUUGGUCGCUUCGGAGGAACGUCGGGAUACGACGAGUUCCUCCAGACCAAGACUGUGACUUGGCAAGAGUAG